AAGAAGCGCAGCCAUGCUGCUCCGGGUUCAGUGCUGAACUGUCCAGCGUGUGUUUGAGGCUCGUCUCGUCUCGUCUCGUCUCGUCUCGUCAUGAUGCUUGAGAGGAGCAGAGUGACGGUGGUGGCGGAGCUGUUGUUCAGCAGAAGGAAGCAGAGCUGUGAAGACGCUGAGGAGCAGGAGGAGACCGUUCACUGUCUCUGCUCCAGAGCCUUCGUUCAGGACCGGGAGCUGUACCGCUCUGACAACAGACUGCUGUCCUCUGCACUGAUUCACACUGCGGUCCACGAAUCCAGUGAGGAGGAGGGGGAGGAGGAGGUGUUGGAUGAAGAGGCUCAGCUGAUGGUCAGCAUGGGUCUGCCUCUAGCCUUCGUCAGCUCCUCUGACCUAAAGAGAGCAGGCAGGAGGUCACAGAGGAAGACUGACACUUACUCUGAAGAUCCAGAUGAAGAGGAGAAAGAUGACAAACAGAUGCAGGACAACAGCAAAGCCAAAAAGCAAGAAGAGUCUGAUCCACUGGAGGAAGAAGAAGUAGCAGGGAACCACAGUACUGGCUGGGAAACCUACUGGGCUCAACAGGGUGAAGCUCUUCUGUGGAGCAGCUGGCUGAAUAAACACCCAGAGACGGAGCUGCUGUUGGCGGAAGAUCAAGCAACAGCCACUGCUCCAUGGGACAACACGGAAAGUAAAGCAGAGUGGGACAAACAUGCUGCAGACAUGUACUACUCCUACUGGGAGCAGUACUGUUACUGGGCUGCACAGGGCUGGACCACUGAUCAGUCUGUCUGUACUGGGAACACUGGUGGAGAAACAGCUGCAGGUGUGAUGGACAGAGGCUCAGUGGAAUGGAAUGAUGGACAGACUGGAGCUGAGAGCCAAAACAGAGAAGAAGAUGACAUCGAGGUUUUGAAAGACCAGUUUGAACAGAGCUGCACAUUAGAAGCAGUUGGAAGCUCUGUGACGGACUCAGAGAAACACACGAGUGUGGCUGAUGUCACAGAGCAGUCAGAGGAACAGCUCUGCUGCUCUGAUUCUCCGUCUGAUGAGAAGGAUUGCAAACAACCCACACAUAACGUCCCACAGAACACAGCCAAACAUACAGGUUCCCAGCAAGCUACUGGCAGCCAUGACAGACAGCGAGGCUUAGCGAAUAAGAUGUCAGACAGAGAAGAUGAUGAUGAUGAUGACAAACCACCAGGAGGAGGACACGCUAAAAUUAAACGCAGUCCUGGUUUAGUCUUGACUCAGUGUUGUGUGUUCAGUCAUGAGCUGGAUGUGGAGGAGACUCCUCAUCUGACGCCUGAGGAAGCUUGGCAUAAACUGGGACUCAAACGCAAUCCAGAGCCCAUGUUCGACAGUGUGUUGAGCUUUAAAGACAGUGCUGGACCAAAGCGUCAGAGGUGGACAAAGAGACUCACUCACAAGAUCGACAAACACACCCACUUCUCAGAGGACACACACUCACCUGCUUGCUCCACUCUCGUCAAGGUCCAAGACUUCCUCAGAAAGAGUCAGGCAGAGACACAAGUGAGUCCAUGUGACCAGACUGAGACAACAGAGAGGACAUCACAGGAAUGUGAGGACGCUUUUCUGUCUGUGAGACAGAAGGAGACGGAGAGUGCUGAGAGAGGAGGUGAAGAGACUGUGGAAGAAAAGAGCUGUAGUUCUGUGUGCAGUUCAGAUGCAGAGAGGAGGCAGAGCAGCGCUCUGGAUAAAGACAGGAAGGAAGAGGAUGAAGAGGAGGAGGAGCAGGAGCAGCCUGGUCGAGAGAUAACGUGUCCAGAAAUCCCUGUCUUCCUCCUGUGUGAGGAAGCCAAAGAUGACAGCGAAUUUAGUGUGAAAGAUGGAAAGAGGAAGACCAGGAAGCAGAGGAGGAAGCAGCAGGCCCCUGCAGACAUGGCAGUUAAACCUGAGCUGGCCAAAUACUGGGCUCAACGUUACAGACUCUUCUCUCGCUUUGAUGAAGGGAUCAAACUGGACAGAGAGGGUUGGUUCUCGGUGACUCCAGAGAGGAUUGCUGAGCACAUCGCCCUCAGAGUGAAGCAGAGCUUCUGUGACUCACAGCUCGUCAUCGACGCUUUCUGUGGUGUCGGAGGAAAUGCCAUCCAGUUUGCCCUCACUGGGAAGAGAGUCCUAGCCGUUGACAUCGACCCCGUGCGUCUGAACCUCGCGCGGCACAACGCUGCAGUUUACGGCGUGGAUCAUCUCAUCGACUUCCUGCAAGGUGACUUCCUUCAGCUGGCGCCCCGUCUCCGUGGUGAUGUGGUCUUCCUGUCUCCUCCAUGGGGGGGACCAGACUAUCUGACUGCUGACGUGUUUGACAUCAGGACCAUGAUGGAGCCUGAUGGGUUUCAGAUUUUUCGUCUGGCCAAACUGAUAUCACACAACAUCGUGUACUUCCUUCCUCGCAACGCUGACAUGGAUCAGAUCGCCUCUCUGGCUGGUGCAGGAGGGAAGGUGGAGGUGGAGCAGAACCUUCUCAACAACAAGCUGAAGACCGUGACCGCUUACUUUGGCAGCUUGAUUGGAUCAGACAGUCAGUGACCACCGUGUCAGGAUUUCUUCUUCUUUCGUCACAGUGAAUCUGAUGAUCACAUGUCUAAGUGAGCGACGGCCCAUGUUUUUAUGAAUGUGUUGGGAUAAGCUAAGACUUAAAAAGAGAGUUUUACCUUUUUUUAUCUAUUUUUUAUCUAUUUUUAUCAUUCUUCUAUGUUUUAAAUUUGAACCAAUACAUUUUUUUUAGAGCCUGUUGUGUUUGUGAUCAUCAUUUUUUAGGGUAAAUAGACCUGGCUCGUUGAAAGUGAACAAUCUCAUUCUCGCCUCGUCUCACGAGACACGAGGAAGAGGACGGCCAAACGUGACUGUUCUCUGAUUGGCUGUUUGACUGAGGCUCUGACUCUGGCUGCAGUCAUGGUUAUGAGGGAGCGACUGAGUGUGUUCACGCAACCAUACCUGUUGUUGAAUGUUUAAUGAAUUUAUUCAAAGUUUAUAAAAUUAAUGGUGAACACGAUUAUGACUUUUAACUGUGGAUAUAAUGAAUAAGAGUUACCAUAAUUGUUCAUUUUGUUUCCAAAGUAUUUUCACUGUAUAUAAGUCCUUCCAUUGUGGAACAUUAACACAUUAAAAUGUAAAUAAAUGAAACGAUAUUUGCAGUUUAUGUGGAUCCAAAGAUGGACAUGACUCCUAAAGCGUUGUUCUUCAUGUACACGUGACUUCAUUGAAGUCGUUCCAUAUUUCAAACAAAAGUUUUUUGAUAAUGUCACAGUUGACCUGGACAUACUGCAGGAAGUAACAUGUCAUUAUUGUAGCUGAUUAAAUAUGAAAACACGUUCAUUUAUCACCUUGUGCUCGCUCUAAAUCAGACAGCAACUCCUAACUAAACUAAGUAUCUUGUAGUUUUUUCAAAGCCACAUGGAGCCGCUGCAGAGAGGCCGAACAAUUACAUGCUCUCAAUUCUGGGUCAAUGAGAAAAGCACAAAAGACUGAGAAGCCAGUGUUAAAAACAAUAGCGAGGCAACGUUUUAUACACAGAACAUGAAGAAAAAAAGCAACGUGCUGCUCGGGAGGCUUUAUCAAAACAACUGUGUCAUUCAGGGUCCAAACAGCAUGCCGUUACAGAGCAGCGCAGUCCAAACAAUACAGAGGCAGUACAAUCAGAAGUCAGGAAUAUUCAGCCACAGGUUUUAUACGUUUUCAUCUCGCGUCAAACAAGGUCGAUAAGAAACGUUGUGAAGCAGUGUGAGUCCUUGCAGUCCACUGAGCUGUGACACGUCAAGUUAUAUAUUUAGACAAUCUCUUUUGAUCAUAAGUUCGGAGUGUUGUUUUCUUUAUGGUUUCUUUUUUGAUCUUUAUGAACAAUACGUUUCACUCUAAAUUGACCGUCAGUGUGACAGUGGACAGUUGUUGUCUCUGUGUCCCUGUGAUGGACAGGUGACCUGUCCAGGAUGUGACCCCCACCUCACCCUAUGUCUGGGAUUGGCACCAGCACCCCUGCAACCCUCAUGGGGAGGAUAAAGCAGGAGAAUGAUGAAUGAGUGAGUGAGUUUAUUAUUACAUUAUUAGUGUUGACCAUUAUCAAGUCAUUUUGAUCCAAUUGUGUUGAACUCAGAUCUUCUGAUACUUGAGAAGAAAAGCAGCCAUGUGUAAAUGUGUGUUUGGUUUGCACCUCUGUCCUUAAGACGUAAACAUACUUAUUUUAGUCUUGUUUUUCGGGAUUGUGCUGCUUGGCUGUGUCAACAAUGUUAUUAUGUUAUUAACAUGUACUUUCAGUAUUUAAUUUCUGCAAAGCACAUUUAAUUUAAUGGCCACCCUGUAUGAGUUUGUGCCAUGACAGUGGAUUUGUCUUGUUCUUGUGUUCAAAUGCCAAACCCUCUAUCCUCAGCUUUGAAGCCAGAGCAAUAAACUGAGGCUGCAUUUA